UUUCUCUGAUAUUUUGACCUUUCUGACGUUGUUUAAGGAUGGAGAAAAUGAGUUACACGUUCAGUCAGCACUAUGAGGAAAAAAUCCGCCCUUGCAUCGACACUAUCGACAAUUUACGGUCUUUGGGAGUCGAAAAGGACCUGGCGUUGCCUGCCAUCGCCGUCAUUGGAGACCAAAGCUCAGGAAAGAGUUCUGUUCUGGAGGCGCUGUCAGGAGUAGCGUUACCCAGGGGUAGUGGAAUUGUUACACGAUGCCCUCUUGAGCUCAAGAUGAUAAGAACUAAAGGCGAGGAGAAAUGGCAUGCGAAAAUCAGUUACCAGAACCAUGAGGAAGACAUUGAUGACCCAGCAGAAGUGGAGAAGAAGAUUCGUGAAGCCCAGGAUGAGAUGGCUGGAGCAGGUGUUGGUAUUAGUGAUGAACUCAUCAGUCUGCAGAUCACCUCUGCCAAUGUUCCUGACCUCACUCUCAUCGACCUUCCCGGGAUCGCUCGAGUGGCAGUCAAGGGUCAACCUGAGAAUAUUGGAGAUCAGAUUAAGAGACUGAUCAGGAAGUUUGUUACAAAGCAAGAAACCAUUAACCUGGUUGUGGUGCCAUGCAAUGUUGACAUCGCGACCACAGAAGCAUUGCAGAUGGCUCAGGAGGAGGACCCUGAGGGCGAAAGGACUUUAGGCAUCUUAACAAAGCCAGACCUGGUGGAUAAAGGCACUGAAGGGACAGUGGUAGACAUUGUGCAUAAUGAGGUCAUUCACCUUACUAAAGGAUACAUGAUUGUAAGGUGCAGGGGACAAAAAGAGAUUAUAGAUCAUGUCACUCUCAAUGAGGCCACAGCAACAGAGAACGCCUUCUUCCAAGACCAUCCUCAAUUCAGCAAACUCUAUGAAGAAGGUUUUGCUACUAUUCCUAAGUUGGCUGAGAAACUAACAAUUGAGUUGGUUCAUCACAUUCAGAAAUCCCUACCUCGGUUAGAAGAGCAAAUCGAGGCGAAGCUCGCAGAAACACAGAAGGAACUGGAGGCGUAUGGCAACGGACCCCCAUCAGACCCUGUAGAAAGACUGAGCUUUCUCAUCGAUAAAGUUACAUCUUUCACACGUGACACCCUCAACCUGACCACCGGGGAAGAGAUUAAAUGUGGAUCAGAUCUACUGAUUUUUCCAGAACUACGUGAAGAAUUUGCAAAAUGGAAUGGCUUCUUGGAUCAUUCAGGAUAUUUAUUCAACAGGAAGAUUGAGAAAGAAGUUGACAACUAUGAAGCCAAGUAUCGGGGAAGAGAGCUUCCAGGAUUCAUCAAUUACAAGACCUUUGAGGGGCUUGUUAGGGAUCAGAUCAAGAUGUUGGAAGAACCUGCCUUAAAAACACUGAAGACCAUCUCUGAUGUGGUUAGAAAGAAGUUCAUCCAACUGGCCCAGUACAGCUUUGUUGGAUUCCCCAAUCUUCUGAAAAUAGCAAAGACUAAGAUCGAAGCCAUCAAGCUGGAUAAAGAAUCCCAGGCAGAAUCCAUGCUGAGGACCCAAUUCAAGAUGGAGCUCAUUGUUUACAGUCAAGACGGCACAUAUAGCCAGAGCCUGCAACAUACAAAGAAUAAGUUGGAAGAGGAUGAAUACACUACAGAAAGUUUUAAUUGCAUGAGCGUAGGCAUUUGCACAGACAAUCAUGCCACCUUGCGUGAGAUGAGGUUGCACCUUGAGUCCUACUACUCGAUUGCAAGCAAGCGUCUAGCUGACCAGAUCCCAAUGGUGAUCCGCUAUAUGUUGCUCCAGGAAGCAGCUUUGGAGCUGCAAAGGAACAUGUUGCAGUUGCUGCAAGAUAAAGAUGAUGUAGACAACCUGCUUAAAGAAGACUUUGACAUUGGCCAAAAGCGGGAGAGCUUACUGAGUCGUCAGAAACGUCUGAUGAAAGCACGCAGCCUCUUGGUUACCUAUUAGAAUUCACUUCAUAUAGUCAAUUGCAACGGUUUUAAUGCAACAAAAUCAUAUGCUCACAAGGUUAUAGCUUGACAUAUUACAUUUACAUUAUUUUGUACAUUUAAUCAUUGAGUUAUGAAGUGUCCCCCAUAUACGCAGUGUGCCAGGAAUUUUGGGCAUCAGCUGUUAUCAUGUCAUGAUUUUAUCAACUUCGACUUCUUAGUAAAGCCUGUUUUAUCCAUGAGCAAUUUUGAAACAGCAAUCCAUGCCUUUGUAACAUAGCGUGACUACUGUAAUUCACUGUAUUAUGGCAUUUCUCAGGCUUCUAUUUAACCGUCUGCAGCUGCUGGACUGAUCAAAGGGAAGUCCUUUCUGAUAUAAUUUCUUUGCACUGGCUCCCUGUCAAGUAUCAGAUCGAUUUUAAACUCUUAUUAUUUGUCUACAAGCCCCUCAAUAACCUGGCACCUCAAUACUUAACUGAUUUAUUGCUUCCGUAUACCCAUUUUUUUUUUUUUACGGGUGGAGAAUAUAUAUAUAUACAAAGGCGGAUUAGAACCCAGAACCUCUGGCACGCUUAACAAAAGUUCUACCGCCAGACCAUUAGAACUCACAAACAAUUAUAUGGGAUCUAUGUGUUAUAAAAGCCCAUUGUAAAUGUACGUUCACUUGUGUCUUUGAGACGUGUGUUGGCGAUCAGCCAACGUUAGAGCACGCUGUCAUCACUGCAGCGUAAAGACACCACACUAUUUCCAGCAGGUGGCACUGAUUAGCGUUUUUAGAAUAUAGUUCUUUAUGCAGCGGGUGAAAACCAAACAGACAUUAUGCUUUCUUCACGUUUGGUAUUGUGUGCCUAUAUAGUAUGAAACAAGUAAGUGAAUUUAUGCACUGUAGUUUAUUAAUUGUUUUGUUAAGGUGUAUGAUCCAUUUAUGAGCAUCCUGAAUAUAUAUCAAUCUUGGUAUGUUGAUAUUUGUUGUUUAUGCUUUACAUAGUAGUGAUUUGAUUUGUGUUGUGGACGUGUUCGUAUUAUAUUCUAUUAUAUAUAUAUAUAUAUAUAUAUAUAUAUAUGUUUGUUAUUUAAUUAAUUUAAUUCUUUGUGUUAUGUAUUCUAUUAUUGUUAAUUAUUUCUAUUUUAUUCUAUGUUUCAGACCACACACACUCAAAAAUCAAUGUACUUGCACUUAUGUACUCAAAGUUUUAUUCACACUGUGGAAUUAUGAUGGUGAAAUAAAGCAUCAAAGAACUUUAAAGCUGCUUUAAAGCAUCCUUAAAAAUUGGUUGAAGUUUCCACCAGUUUUCUUUACUAUGUAGCCUAUUUAUUCACUAACGUGAAGAAUCUCAGGACUUACAAUAUAUUGUAUUAUAAGAUGAAAUUUCUGGACAUCGUAAUGUUAUUUGCUCAGGAGGAGUGUGUGUGUGUAUAAAUAACUUUUACGCAGAGCAGAUCAUUUUACUAACUUGAUUUGAUGACUUAUUUGUCAUUUCGUUCUUUUGAGCGGAGUUAAAAUGUAAUUUUUCAACAACUAAUUUCUAAUUGUUGUGUUAUACGAUGUGUGAAGUUUACAGAUGCAGAAAAUAUUAAACGUGUUAUGUCAUCAC